CGCACGCGCGCGCGCGCUCCCGCCCCGCCGGCGCGGCGAAGGUUCCGGAGCCCGCGCGCGCCCCCGCCCCGCCCGCGCCGCCGCCGCCGCCGCUGUCACCGUCACCGCCACCGCUGUCACCAGCCGGCUCCGGCGCGGACACCCCCGCAGCGGCAGGUACCUUUGCUGAGAGGUGGCAGAGCAGCCUCAGGACACCACCAUGAUGGAGGAUCACGCUCCUGGCCAGGAAAAACACUUCUCCUCAGGCUAUCCCCUUCAGAUACCAGUCGAUGAUGGAUCGGAUGAGCCUGUUUCUGAAACAUCUGACGCUAAGAGCACCCCAACUACGGAAGAUGCCACAGCACCUUUAGUGGAGGAAGGAGACCACGAGGAUCAGGGUGGUGUGGAACAGCACGGGGAGAUCCCAGAAGGAACCACAGCUGAAGAGGCGGGCGUAGGAGCCACUCCCAACCUGGAGGACCACGCUGCAGGAGAUGCCACCCAAGGCGAGCCGAGCUCCCCACAGCUCCAGCCCGGCCCUGGGGAGCGCCUGGGAGAGGCAGCACAAAGCUCCAGCCAGGGCCCGGAGCGGGGCCCGGGGCUCCAGCGGCCGCCGCUGCCCCGGGAGGACGCCAAGGCUCCCACCAGGAUCGAGGUCACCAUCCCCAUCCCCCUGGACAUGUACCAGGGCUGCGGGGCGGGCGAGCUGCGGGGCCAGGCUGUCACCGAGGGCCUGCCAGGAGCAGGGGGUGGCCACAAGGAGGGACCCCCGUGUGCCCCGGUAAAAGAAGAUUCCGGGCGGGACAGAGACGAGGACCGGGACGUUGAUGAGGCCUCCGCACAGGGCCUGCCCUCCCCUGGGCAGCAGCGCCUUUCUCCAGGGCAUGAAAAGGGCUCGGGUCCAGCCCAGAAGAUUCGUGAAGAACGUGAUGGGGAGGAGAAGUCCAGAGGUGUCCCCAGAGACAGCCCAGGAGAGGCACCUCUGGGUGAGGCUGAGCCACACGGAGCCGGACAGGACCAGGAGGAGACGCGGCGGCUGCCGGGGGGAGAAGGAGCUCCAGGCCUGUCAGAACCUUCUGGAAGCACAUCCCAAAAAGAGGCUGAGGCCAAGGAGGGAGGAGAGUCUGGCCCCGUGCUGGGAACAGCCAGACUGCCUGCUGAGGAGGAAGGUGACGUGAAGGACAAAGAGGCUCCUUUGGAGGAGGCGCAGGAUGCGGGGGGCCGGCAGACGCCGCGGAGGAAGGCUGCGGACAAGGGCAGCCGCGUCCCUCUGCUCAAAGGUCGUGUUGACAAGGAAGGGACCGAAGCUGAUGAAAAGAAACCCAAGAGAUGCUCACCUUGCCCUGCCAGCCCGCCUGGCUCUGUGCCCCCGCUCCAGCACGCAGCCCCUCCGAAAGCAGCCCCCAGCCCUGCCUCCAGAGCAGCCCCCAGCCCUGCCUCCAGAGCAGCCCCCAGCCCUGCCUCCAGAGCAGCCCCCAGCCCUGCCUCCAGAGCAGCCUCCAGAGCAUCCUCCCCUGCCUCCAGAGCAGUGCAGGGCACCGGGGCCAAGGGCCCGGAGGCGAGGGGUGGCUCCAAGACGGGCGCGGCGCGCGCGGGGCAGGCGCAGAGGAACUCCAGCAACGCCACCCGCAUCCCGGCCAAGACCCCCACGGCCCCCAAGACCCCUCCCAGCUCCGGCAGAAAGGAGCAGAAAAAACCACCUCCUGCAGCAGCAAAGACUGAGAAAGGUGAGCAGCCCAAGUCCGGAGACAGAAGCGGCUACAGCAGCCCCGGCUCCCCCGGGACCCCGGGCAGCCGCUCCCGCACCCCCUCUCUGCCCACCCCACCAGCCAGGGAGCCCAAGAAGGUGGCAGUGGUUCGCACCCCGCCGAAAUCGCCCGCCUCGGCCAAGACCCGCGCGCCGCCCGCCGCCGCGCCCAUGCCCGACCUCAAAAACGUCAAGUCCAAAAUCGGCUCCACCGAUAACCUGAAGCACCAGCCCGGAGGCGGCAAGGUGCAGAUAAUUAAUAAGAAGCUGGACUUUAGCAGCGUUCAAUCCAAGUGUGGCUCAAAGGAUAAUAUCAAACACAUCCCGGGCGGAGGCAGUGUGCAGAUAAUUAAUAAGAAGCUGGACUUUAGCAGCGUUCAAUCCAGGUGUGGCUCAAAGGAUAAUAUCAAACACAUCCCGGGCGGAGGCAGUGUGCAAAUCGUUUACAAGCCAGUGGACCUGAGCCAUGUGACAUCCAAAUGUGGUUCCCUGGGCAACAUCCACCACAAACCAGGUGGUGGCCAGGUGGAGGUGAAAUCUGAGAAACUGGACUUCAAAGAUAAGGUGCAGUCGAAAAUCGGGUCCCUAGAUAACAUCAGCCACGUCCCUGGAGGAGGCAAUAAAAAGAGAGAGAAAGGCAAGGAAGACAAGAGCUGGACCCCGAGCCCAGACCCCGCUGGGCUCCAGGCCCUGGUGCUGGAGCCGCUCACCCCCACGGAGCCCCCAGCCUUGCUCUCGGCUGGGGAGGGCACCUAUUGAGACUCACAAGCUGACCUUCCGUGAGAACGCCAAAGCCAAGACCGACCACGGCGCCGAAAUCGUCUACAAGUCCCCCACCAUCUCCGGAGACGCCUCCCCGCGCCGCCUUAGCAACGUCUCCUCCAGCGGCAGCAUCAACCUGGUGGACUCCCCGCAGCUGGCCACGCUAGCCGACGAGGUGUCCGCCUCGCUGGCCAAGCAGGGCUUGUGAUCGCCGCACGGCGGCCACCAGGAGAAGACAAGGAAAGGAAACAAAAAAGAAAAGAAACAAAAAUAAUAAUCUGGCCUUCUUCCUCUGUUCCUUUUACAGCUGCUUCCCCGUCCCUAACUGGUUAAUGAUUUAACCUGCUUUUACUGUUCAUUCAGCUCUAGCUCCAGGACUUCAAAAUCAGUGACACUAUGAGGUACAAAACCUCCUCUCCCCCUGCUCCUCGGAGCGCACAGCCCGUCCCCGUCCCCGUCCCCUGCUCCUGCCGCGUCCCUCGCUGUCCCAGCCCCGCCCGGGGCCACCCGGGCAGGCGGGGAGGGGGCCCGAGGGGCGGCCACGGCACGACGCUGACCCGAGCACCCCACACCAGCACAGGGCAGCGGGUGGCCCUCCUGGGAAGGGGCUGUGACCUCGCCCAGCUCGUGCCCUGCCGCUGGCCGGGCUGGCCCGCGGGCCGGACGCGUCCUGGGUGCGCAGCCAGGGCUGCGGGGAGGUGCCCUCCCUCCCUCCCCGCGUCAAAUUUUCCCGCUGAUUUGGAAAGAAACCUUUUGUUUUUAUUUCCGAAAGCCGAGAUGUGUAUGAAGAUAACGGCCAGGUACCCCCUAACCCGCUCCCAGCUCCGGCAGCUGGAGUUCAGGCGACGCCGGGUGCCCGCUCCGAGGGGCCCCGGGCGGCCGUUCCCCUCUCCGUGGCUGUGCUGGAACCGCUGAGUGGAUGAGUAGAGGCUUUUCCCCAUUCCUUUGGCAGCCCCUCGUGUCGUAGAGUAGAUUUGUCUGUAUAUGCUUGGACCGUGCCAGGGUGAUUGUUUUCAUAAACGAGCAUGUGUUUAAAAAAUAAAUGCUGUAAGUAGUUUUGAGCUGCCCCGCGCCGGCUCCGCCGCAGCCCGGCCCCGGUGCCGCAGGAGGUGCCCGGCACCGCAUGUCUGCCGGGGGGCCGGGGCGCCCCGGGAGCUUGGAUGAGAGGCACUCACAGCUCCAGGGCUGGGAUGGCUCCUGGAUUUGGGUGCAGCUUGUGACAUUUUCGGGUUGUUCUUUUUCUUUCCCUGCAAGGUCAGCUCAGCGAUGGCGGAGGUGGCAGCUCCAUGGCUCUGCUGUGCCGGUGGCAGCGGUGAGACCCCGGGAGGACGCGGGGGAGCGCGAGGGGGGCGGCAGCAGCUCCCCCAGCCCGGCUGCUCCCUGGCACUGACCCCCCUUUCCGGGCGCUCCCCGGGUGUGAGCUGGCAGCGUCUCACCCCUCACACGGCACUGACCCCCCAGCACCGCUCGGGGACAGGAGCCAGUCGAGUCAUUCCUUUGGCUGCUUUUGUUCCCGGGGCUGUCCCCGCCUGCCCCUUCCCUCUGCAACCAAAGAGGCCGAGGUGCCACCAGUGCAGCUCCGUGUGUGUCCCCCCACCCUGUCUCCCCAGAGGCCCCAGCCGAGCUCUGGGGGUGCAGCUGCAGGUGGGAGGGCAGAGGGGGCCCGGCGGGGCCGCAGCCCCUGCACGCCCCGGCCGUGCUGCAGGGAAAGCCGCGCUUUCCCAGCGAGGGCUGCAGUCCUGCUCGGACAGGGCUGGCGGGGAGUCAGGGCCCCUGGCUGUCCUUGGGGCGGUGGCUGGGUGCCACCAAGGCUGUCAGAGCAGCUGUUCCUGGGCAGAGCAGCGAUUCCUCCCAGGACAGGACCUGCUCCCCUCCCGCGGGAGCUCCGAGGCCGCUGUCGCCCCGUCCCUCUGUGAGGCCGGGCUGCCGCAGGCCUGGCUGCGGAUGGGGACGGCUUGGGAGGUCCAACCCUUCUCUCUGCAGCCCCGGGAGCUGCUUUAUUGCUGGGGAGAGGCUGGUCCAGCACCACCACCGUGUCCAGCUUGUCACUCGCUCCGUUCACUUGACUCCAUGAUUGUAAGACUCUGUGCUCCGUCCCUGACUCUGUAGCGCCGCAGGAGCGCCGCGGUUUUUGUCCUUUGUAGAACGAGCAAGUUGGGAGAGCCCUCAAAGCAUCACCUCCUUACCCCUUCUGGGCUGCAGGAUGGGGUAGCUGAGCUCACCCGUCCUGUGCCACCCCUGUCCCCUCCCUGCAGCCCCUGAGGGACACCGGCGCCCAGGGCUGGGAUGUCCUUUGUGGGCACCGAGCUCCACUGAGCAGCCCCUGCCCACUCCGUGUCCUCUGCCCGGGCUGUCGUCCCCCCGGGGGCUGUGGGGUGCCAGGACAGCCCUUUACAUCCACCGUGUCACCCGCUGUCCCCUCCAGCAGCCCGAGCCACGUCCCCCGCCCCUACCCUGCGUUCAGACCCAGGCCUGAGGGUCCCCGUCAGCAGCCGGACAACCUGACCCCGGCGUUUCCUUUAC